AUGGACGAGCACUUGCGUGGGCACAGGGACGGAGGGAUGAUGCAGCGAAACGGUGGAUGGAUGGAUGGACGAAGGGGCAAGUGGCCACAACCGGAUGGCCGGGAUGCUGGAGAUGGGCGUCAAGAGGGGCUCCACCGUCUCGCAGAGCCACAACAAGAGCCAGCGACGGAGCCUCAAUCGGCUUCGGACUCGAACGAAGCCAGCGACGACAGCAGACACCGUCUCCGUCUCGGUGCCGAGUCCAAAAUGGCGGAUGAAGAGGGCGGUGCGUGUACAUUUGCACAUCCCAUUUCGGUUUGCCUCUGUGGUCAAAAGUGA